CGGACCUCUUGGAGUAACUACGCCACACCAGGAGGUGGCGAUAACGCACUAUAGCUGCCUGCAAUUGCUUACAGCAACAAGUUCACGCUGCUAGCCCUCUGACUGGCAGAAUUUUAGCAACCAUGGACCAGAAAAUUCCCUACGACGAUUACCAGCUGCCAGUGGUAUUCCUGCCUUCUUAUGAGAACCCACCUGCAUGGAUACCUCCACAGGAGGUGGUCCCAGAUUCAGACGCCCACAGAGCAGGGCUACAGGAGGGAGACCAGGUUCUUUCAGUGAAUGAUGUUGAUUUCCAAGACAUAGAGCACUCAAGAGCUGUAGAGAUUCUGAAAACUGCGCGAGAAAUCCUGAUGAGGGUUCGCUUCUUUCCCUACAACUACCAACGGCAGAAGGAGAGGACCGUACACUAGAUGGCAGCAGAGAGAGAGACAAAGACAGAAGGAUACUUAACUGCACUUCACUACAAUCCUCCCACACACUCUGGCCUCCAUUCUGUCUCAGCUCAAAGAUGACUAAUGCAUGACUAACAAUCUCAUUCAGUCUUUCAUGUAAGGAAAAUAUACAUGACGUUAGAGACUGAGUUUCACAGAUACUCCUUUCUGCAUGCUUCACAUGAUGAACUCUACUUCGAUUGAUUGGUUAGGAAGUUGUUUCUAUGCAGAGCUGUUUUUAAGACUAUAAACUAGAUUUUACACUAUAAAUUAUAGAACAGAUGAAUAAUAAAUAUUUUCUAGUCAAGCAAAGGAUUUAAAGAUGACCUUUCCCAUGUUUCCUUAAGCCCUGUUAUGAUAUUUCUGCAGAUGUUUGCAUAUGUGUGGACUAAAACACCAUCACUUGAUAUAAGUUAUGGUCACCAGACCUCUGUUGAAUUUAUGAAUAUAUUGCACAAUGCUGUUUUUUCAUAUUUAGUAAAUAUUUGUAAUUGUGUACGAAAUGCUAAGCGAUGUAAAUAUACAUUUCAGUCACUGCUACUGAGGGCUUUGGUACUUUUAUGUUCCAUGCACGAGUUUUACAUAAACUGCGCCUGAGCUGAUUUAAUGCUGUUGCAUAAACUAUGUGUCUGAGGUGCCAAAUGGUUUACGAGCAUGGCUUGUAACGUGCUAUUAAAGUGCAUAACAUUUAUCGUAGCGUAGUGGCAAAGCUUGUAAUGGGGUGUUAUCUGUGAGGAGGCACCAAUGUUUGCAGGUUUAAUUCAAACCAAAGACAGUCUGGUGCUUUCAUAAUUUUGGCCUGCAUGGUUCAAGAUGUGCAUAGUCAGUAAAAUCUGCAGAUCCAACCUCUGGCUGCAAAUUAAAUCUGCAUACAAUGGAACAUUCAUAGAAAACAGUUGAAUACCUCUGGAUCUUAGCGCAUUAUGCAUUUAUACAAUAAACUGUAUGUUAAUAGCUA